CUCAGUUCAAACUCAUGAUGUUCUGUUGAUGUCAACGUCAAUACGAUUCCAAAUUCUCCAGGACAACUCCAUGGCAACAAGGUGUUCGAAAAUCAUACCAUGCUUUCAGCAGGUAGGGACAGGUGUUUUAUCUCUGUUAUUUUUCUCUAAUUUCUUUCAUAUGAUGUAACGGAAGAGUCAAAGAUGCAGAUUUCAUCAGAAUCAACAUCGUUUCAAGCGUUUUAGUUAUCCAUACGUCCUUGUUAUUUGAUAACUCCGGGUACAAAUUUUAAAACACCCCUUCUCUUCCAGUGAUGGAAUGUCUGUUUCGAACGUAUCGACCGUUAACUUUCAAAUCUCGCACUUGUGACUUUGACACCGUGGAGGAAGGGUCUACCUUUUCUCUCCGAGUUCGAAUCGCAUUCUGAAACACUGAGAACGACAUUCACUUCAUUGCAAGGAUCCAGACAUGAGUCCUUUCUCGCCGACUUUGCAUUCGCCUUCAGCGGAGCAGUGCGCCUGGGAAGUCAUGAAACCUUUCCGGGUCUUCGGUCCCGCCUGGAUGCGGAACGCCGGUCGUCCCAUCAGGCAGGAGCUCCCCGACCACGUCCGCUUCUGUGAAGACUGCGGGCGGCCUCACGACGACAUCGAGACCACCUGGGAGGUAGCUGGAGCAGGGUACCUGGCACAGCUGCCUCCUCAGGGCCCCAUCUGUGACACCUGUGGUCGCCGUACUGGCGUAACCAGUACCGUACGCCUCGCACGGUGGGGACAGGGGUGGCGAGUCGUCGAGUGGCACCGCUUCGACUUCCUCCUCCUGAGCGCUGACAUCUGGGGGACGCUGGACGACGACCCCGUCUGCUUUCUUGUGGAGGACCACUGGGAGGACGACACCUACCGACCUGGUGACGAAGUCCACUUCCACCACUUGGUAGCGCUGUUCCAGACCCUGCGCCAGGGAACGCCGUCAGAGAUGGCAGCCGCUCACCACGCCAUCAUCAACUGGACCAGUAGCGAGGAGACAGCUGUUGGUGUAGCGAUGGACGACGAGCUGUCUGACUUGGAAAACGACCACUGGAUGCCUUGGAUCGUGGAUGUGGAGGACCUCUUUAUGCAACGUCCACAGUAA